GCGCGCGCAUCUUUGUCUCUCACUCCGUCAUGGCGGCUCGUGUCCUGCAGCAGUGCGUUCGCUCCUUCGCUCGGCCCUCGCUGAGGCUCUGCUCCGGUAACCUCGCCCUCAGAGCCGCUGCCGCUCCGGUGACAGCCCUCCACCGACCCCUGUCCUCUGUCGCAGACAGCCGGAGGACGCGGUGGCUGGACCAGAGCCGGAUCUCCUCAGUGAGUGUGUUGUGCCGGCACUAUGGAGACCUUCCUCCUCUCACCCUAGAAACCAUCAAAGACCGCGUCAUGUAUGUACUCAAGCUGUACGACAAGAUCAACCCAGAGAAGCUGCAGACAGGCUCCCACUUCAUGAAAGAUCUGGGACUGGACAGCUUGGACCAGGUGGAGAUCAUCAUGGCCAUGGAGGAUGAGUUUGGUUUUGAGAUUCCAGACGCAGAAGCAGAGAAGCUGAUGACUCCCGAGGAGAUUGUACAGUACAUCGCAGAUAAGAAGGACGUUUACGAAUAAUCUGCUCACGCAGAGGGUGACCCCCCCCCACCACCACGACCACACAGGACGUCCUUUCGAAGCAGACUGCAGCCAUACCAGAAUUCCCCUGCGCCAUCCCGUCAGCUCUCGUGUCCCGUGAGGCAUCGCCGGCGCCGCCCGCCGUGUCUUGUCUUUGACUGUAUUUAAAUGAACAUGUUUUUGGGAGUGUGGAGACAAAACGUCAAUAUUAAAACAAAGUUCUAUCACAGUUUGGAUUUGUUCUUGUCACGGCGCCAUCCUGUGGUUCAGAUGUAUGAUUUCUGUUGAAUAGAUCAAUAAAGACGCACACUGUACA